ACCUCACUCUUUCUCUCUCUCUCUCCUCUCUCAGUAUAAUAAAUUACAAAGAAAGGCCGAAGAAAUGCUCUGCUUCACUCACGUCGCACCUCUUCCUCUAUUCUCCAGCAUCUCUCUUCCUGCCUCCCUUCACUUCAAGAGUUUCAGGACUAGGAUGUCUUCUUCUUCUUCCUCCAUCGAUUCAGCUCCUCCUCCUCAUCCGCCGGAUAAUGGCAUCGUUCUUGGUUGUGGUGGGAUCGCUGUGGAUUUCUUGGCGACGGUGGAUUCUUAUCCUCAACCCGACGACAAGAUCCGAAGCACUAGCCUCAAGGUGCAAGGAGGGGGAAAUGCUGGAAACGCGUUGACCUGCGCAGCUCGUCUGGGCUUGACUUCGAGGCUGAUUAGUAAGGUAGCAAAUGACUCCCAAGGAAAAGAAAUAUUAGAGGAGCUGGAAUCUGAUGGUGUUGAUACUUCCUUUCUUGUGGUCUCUAAAGAGGGCAAUACACCUUUUACCUACAUCAUUGUUGAUAAACAAACGAAAACGCGUACUUGUAUUCAUACGCCUGGAGAGCCACCCAUGGUACCGACUGACCUUUCUGAAUCUAGCAUGUUAUCAGCUCUAGACAGAGCAAGCAUCGCAUACUUUGAUGUAAGAUUACACGAAACCGCAUUGGUGAUUGCAAAAGAGGCAGCUCGGAAGAAGAUACCUAUUUUGGUUGAUGCAGAGAAGAAAAGAGAAGGAUUAGACGAUCUCUUGCAGCUCGCCGAUUACGUUGUCUGCACAGCAAAGUUCCCUCAGGCAUGGACAGAAGCGUCUUCAACUCCAGGUGCACUUGUUUCCAUGUUGUUGAGAUUGCCAAAACUGAAGUUUGUGAUCGUGACCUUAGGUGAAGAAGGAUGCGUAAUGCUUCAAAGAGCUUCAAAAGAAGAUUCAGAAUCCAAAGAGACAGACAUCGAGAAAUUGUUGGAGACACUAAAGCAUAAAACAGGCUCAACCGCCACAUUUCCAACAUGCGUUUCAUCGGAGACAACAAAACUGAAGGCUAGCGGGAUAGGAACGGUGAGCGGAAGAUUGUUUCUCGGAACAGCAGAGCAAAUUCCUCCAGAAGAUCUCGUUGACACCACCGGUGCAGGGGACGCAUUCAUAGGAGCGGUUCUAUAUGCCAUAUGUGCCCGCAUGCCCCCAGAGAAAAUGUUACCGUUCGCUGCUCAAGUGGCUGCAUGCAAAUGCCGAGCUUUGGGAGCUCGAACCGGUCUUCCUCGCCGUACUGAUCCGCGACUUGCACCCUUUCUGGUUUGACAAAUCUAAUGUCAACUCUACUCUUCUUCCGAGUCACUGACUUGAUCGGCCACUUUCAUAUGUUAAAACUUUCUACGUAUAAAAUAUAUUAAGGCUUGGUGUCAAA